UAUUUCCUUUUAAUUUUCGUAUUCUUAAACGGCUAGUUUCCAAGUCCUCCACCUCUAUAAAAACCACACAAAAUCCACUCACAUUCUUCAUCUUCAACAUACUAAAACACAUUACACACACUAAUACUUUCGAGGUUUUGAAUUCAGUACAGAAAGUGAUUAAUUUAUAAUCAAUGGCUUCUUCUUCUCUUCUAGUUACCAUCUUCCUCUGCAUUUCUUUCUUCUUCUUCUUGUCCGUGGAUGCAAAUGAGGUUACCGUCGGAGGAAAAUCCGGUGACUGGAAGAUCCCUCCUUCCUCUUCUUUCUCUUUCAACGAAUGGGCUCAAAAGGCUCGCUUCAAAGUCGGCGACUUUAUCGUUUUCAGGUACGAAGCCGGUAAAGACUCGGUUCUGCAAGUGACACGAGAGGCUUACGAGAAAUGCAACACCACUAGCCCUAAAGCCAGCUACACCGACGGGAACACAAAGGUGAAGCUAGACCAAGCCGGUCCGGUCUACUUCAUCAGUGGAACAGAGGGUCAUUGUCAAAAGGGUCAGAAGCUACGCCUAGUCGUCAUCACUCCUCGUAACUCUGCUUUCUCUCCAGCUCCUUCGCCAUCUGAGUUCGACGGUCCCGCCAUAGCUCCUACUAGUGGUGCCGCUAAGCUCACCGGCGGAUUCAGUGUCGUAUUUGGCCUUGUUCUUGGAUUAUGGGCCUUCUUCUUUUAAAAGAGAAAUUUAGUCUGAAAUUCUAUUUAUUAAUUUUCGAAUAUGAAGUAGAAUCUAAAUCUUUGUUAUUUACUAUAUUAAAUUUAUUAUUUCAUUGAAAUUGUUCUUCCUCUUGUUUACUUCUGGAUAAAUUAGUUGGAUCUAUCAACAAUCAAGAAAAACAAAAAAAAAAACUGAAUGAGAAUUUUGAA